GUUGCGCUUGCUUGCCCAUGGGCAGACGGUGCUCUAGCGGCCCUGUACCUCAAGGGCCUGGAGCAUGUGAUCAGUCACAGUGUGGUCCACCCAACGUGGCAGAGAACUCGGCCCGAAAACCCUAGCGACCUACACUGCGGGUGGGCAUUCAGGAACCCUGGGGACCAGCCACUCUCGAACUCUUUGGGGUUCGGCAGCUUUGACUGCGACGAUGCCCUCAUUCCAGACAUCGUAAACAACUGCAGGUUUGUGAGAGACCUCUACGAGAAAGCGAAUGAUAAGGCCGGCAAGUACAGCACGCCUGUGCUGUGGGACAAGAAGGAAGGCACCAUUGUAAACAAUGAGUCCAUGGACAUCUUGAAGAUGUUCAAUUCAAAAUUCAACAAGUUUGCCAAGCACCCAGAACUGGACCUCUUUCCAGAGCACCUCAAAUCAGAGGCUGAGGCGGCAAAUGCAUGGAUCUACCCGAACAUCAACAACGGUGUCUACAGAUGCGGCUUUGCCAAAAGCCAGGAGGCAUACGAUGUAGCCGUGAAGGAUGUGGCGGCCGCGCUGGAUAAAGCCGAAAGUUUGCUUUCCCAGCAGCGCUACGUCUGUGGGGACUCCUUCACGUUCAUGGACCUCAGGCUCUUCAUGACCUUGGUGCGCUUCGACCCGGUCUACGUAGUCUACUUCAAAACGAAUGUUGGCACGAUUGAAAGCAACUAUCCGAACCUCUUCAAUUACAUCAAGGACGUGUACCAGUUCUCAGGCAUGUCUAAGGCCAUCAACAUGAAGCAUAUCAAGAUGCACUAUUUCACCUCGCACCCCGAUUUGAACAAGUUUGCCAUCAUCCCGAAGGGUCGGGAUGUGGACCUGGCUGGACCCCACAACCGUGGGAAGAAGGCGGCAGCGCCCCCAGGGUGCUGGGCCAAGAUCUUGGAGUUCAUAUCGGGAUCAAAGUGA